AUGGACGCUCUCCGGGAACUCUCCACAGUGGCUCUGGAUACCCUUAAACAUGAAUUCUUUCUCUAUCAAGGGAGUGAAGGUUUAGAUGAGGAAGGGUUCAUUGAUGUUAUCACUCGUGUCUGCAUGGAACAUAACACCUCUACUAUACCUACGGAUGUGCAAAUUCGAAAGUUUUUCGCUGCUGUGGAUGUUUUCGGUGUUGGUCGUAUUUCGUGGAAUGCCUUCUUAAGACAUGCUGUUGACUUUUUACGCCAUCGUUUAUAUGGAGUGGCAGGGGAGAAACAGCAGGAGGAAAUUUUAUUCCGUCCUUUUCAUAUUCGACAAGUUUUAAAAAAUGGACAUGGAAGUCAGGUAAGUAGUAUACGAGUAUUGCCGAAAAAUAAAAGAGUUAUUAAAGUUGUUACUGAAAAUAGUGGUUUGAGUACGGUGCAUAUGUGUGAUCCAAGGCAAAAUUUAUUAUCUGUUGCUGCUAUUAAAAGGUUUCCAUGCUCACUCCUUGCAUGGGAUUAUGUUCCCCUGGUGAGAGAGAUACCAUUUUCUAACUCCAUUGUCUGCACUUAUAAUGAUAGUUAUUUACGUUUUUUCAGUUUAAAAAAGAAACGAUAUGAUGGUAUCCUUGAGAAUUGUCAUAGUAUGCGUAUGUCGGAAACUCAAAGUGUACUACACUGGGUCUCUUCUUGUAAUCUCCUUGCAAUGGGAAGCCGUACCGGAAUGGUUUCAUUAUGUGAUUUGGAAAGACAAGUCUACGUUGUACAAAAACGACUUUUUCAAACUGCUGUAACUGCCAUGCGAACUUAUAAAAAAUAUCUUUAUAUAGCUAGUCUAGAUACCCAAAACGCUGUCAAGUGUUUUGAUAUUGAACAUGGUGUGGUACAAUUUUCCCUUAAUGAUCAUGAUUCUGGUAAUGGUCAUGACUCUGGUGGAGCGUUGAUUCUUGAAUGUGAUGAUCACUAUUUAUACUCUUCAGGAUUUGGACGGAGUAUUGUACAACGAUCUUUAGUAGUGCCGCGAACACCUCCAGUACAUUUUUGCGAUCAUGUACAACCACAUAGGGGACGUAUUACGGUACUUCAUCGUCUUCACGGUCUUCCACUUUUAGUUUCUGGUGAUACUCGUGGAACUCUGAAAUUUUGGGAUCUUCGUAUGGGAUACUGUGUACAAACUAUUCAUGGUAGUGGAAAUAUGAAUGCACUUUCUACCGUUAAUUUAGAUGAUGGACUACCAGAAUUGGAACCAGGUUUAUCUGCAUACCGUGCUGCACAUGUAAAUAGUAUAUGUCAUCUUGAUAUGGUUGGAAAGUUAAAUAUUGCAACCUCUAGAGAAUUAAUUGUGCUUAGUUCAGAUGCCUUUGUACGUCCUGAACUUACGGAUGAUCGACAUAGUUGUCGAUUUCUCUUUUUCCCUAAUCCAGAUUCUAUUAUUACCGUACAUGAUCGAUGUGUUAAACUAUGGAAUAGUAUAACUGGUUUAUUAACAGAUGUUACUGAACCAAAUAUUAUUAAAUAUGAUGUGUCAGCAUCUUGUAUUGUUGAACCACUUAAUAGACAGUUACUUAUAGGAACUAUUGGAGGUGAAGUAAAAGCGUUAUCCGUAUCCAUGUUACAAGAGACUAUUAAUCUUACACCUGCUCUUCAAAUGCACCUUCAUGGUGAAGAAGUUAUUAAUCUUCAUACUGUUUCAAAGUACCGUGAUAUCUCUAUACCACACGUAUUCGUUGUAACACAAUAUGAAAUAUUUAUGGUUCCUCUUAAACCAGACUGUGGUUCACAAUCAGUGACACAUUUCCAUGGUAUACUACGUAGCUUCAUGCGACAACAACAAAUAAUUAGGGCUACAUCUGUAACGGAAACUCGACUUCUUCUAGCUACAUCUGAUGCUUGUGUACAUGUUGUAGAAUAUCAAGGUUUGGUCACCCACACACACACAUUUUCUCUCUCUGCAGAAGUGGAAACUAUUAUUGCACGAACCGUGAUAGUUACAACUAAUAAUGGACAUGAUGAAGAUUUAAAUAAUAACACGCCCAUUUCUUCAGUUGGUAAUGAAGUUGCUUUCUUUUCAGAUGUAACAGGUCGUGUGCAUAUAGUACUCAUGCAUCGGAGUUCCCCCAUUCACGGUGAACGCCCAUUUGAAGAUUUACUCAGACGAAGGAGCAAAGAAGCGAUGUACACAUCAUGUGAGGAAAUAGGCAGUUGGUGUCCACGCAAACCUCACAGCUGGAUAAUGGCACAAGGACGGGCAAAAGUACAACGUGGCACCGGUGAGUAUUGCCGUCGUCCACGAACCCGCAGUACAUCUUUGGAUUUCUUAUUCCCAGGGGAUGAACCACAUCAACAUCAUCAUUCUCAUUCUCAUCAUUCUCAUCGUCAUCAUCAUUAUCACAAUCAUCCACUACAACAACAUUCAUAUGGAGAAGAAGUACAAAAAGAGAAAAAGGAGGAUCCAAACCAUGUAAUGCCUUUCACAGAUACGGACGAUGCGCUUUCUCUGCAAACGGCGCCAUCGAAUGCUGUUCUUAUCGCGUACUUUGACCGCCAGCAGGUGCUCGUAACGGCAGACGAUACGGGAGAGAUUUGCCUAUGGGAUGUCUCCGGCAUCCUUGCACUCUUAAGCCCCCAUCCCACCCCCACUAACCAUACUAACCAUACUAAUAUUAAUAAUAUUAAUACUACUAUUACUACUACUAUUAGUACUAAUCCUCUCGUGGAUGUUGAGUUUUGUGGGGGACGUCGUCUUCCGCUGCGCAUCACCGCCUGGCGCUGCCCGGGCUGUGAAGUUGUGCGGCUGGCGGCGGCCGAACACCCCGAGUUGCGCCUCCCGCUCCUCAUCGCCGCGAUGGCGGACCGGCGGGUGAUGUUGUGGUCCUCCGACGGGGCGCCGCUCGGGGUCCUCGCCGCCGGCCGCAGCCUCAACGCGGAGAACACCGCCGCCAUGCGCCGCUCAGGCGUGCAACCCUAUCGGCUCAUGUGUGGUGAAAGCACCACCGUCGCGCAGUGGGCAACGUUUAUUGAUUACAUGCAGAAGAAGAAGGAGCAACUGCAAGAAGAGGAGCAACAACUAAAACAACAACAACAAGAGGGAGAGGGAGAGGGACAGGAACAGGGGGAACAAGGGCAGCGGCUGCAGAUGAGAGGAGGCGAUGGGUUGAUGUACUGCAGCUUACCUCGAUGUCGGCGGUAUAGCCGACAAACCUCACUGCUGCAGCUAAAAGCAAAAGAAAGGAGAGAUGAAUCUCGCCUUUCCACUGGGACAGGCAAUGCCUCAGGUAAUAGCGUGAUCCCCAGAUUAAAGACACCUCAUAUGUCCUUUGCACUUCCACAAUGUCCUACAGUGUCUAUGUAUACCACAAAACAUCUAUCUCAUGAUGGGUUGAGGAACGGUAGUAACGUAACUGCAGAAAACGUAAGUGAGAAUGUAUACGAUAAGGAUACAGAGGAGCUAAUGAGUGAAUAUGAACAACCAUAUGUAAGAGGAGGGAAUUCCAUCGUUAAACCUAUGCACCAACGCCUAGUAACACGUAGAAUGGCACCCUGUUCCCUUGAACGCACAGGAGUUGUUGGGCUUCCACCUUUAUUCUCAAGGAAACAACAACAACCACAACAACAACAACAACAGCGACGGCGAAAGCAGGAACAGUAUGAUCUUUCGUAUCGUCGGUAA